GUUAUGCCACUCGAGGUUAAUUUUUCUGAUAGCUAGCUAGCCCAACGAAGUUACUUUGCGCUGUUUCGGACUGGUGGGGAGAUGGCGGCUGUUCUGCUCCAAGUCUUGGAGCGCACAGAGCUUAAUAAACUCCCUAAAGCUGCUCAAAAUAAACUAGAAAAGUUCCUUACUGACCAGAAGAAUGAAAUCGAAUCCCUCAAAACGCAACACGAGCGGUUCAAAGCGGACUGUGAGCAGCAAUACUUUGACGUUGAGAAGAGGUUGGCAGAGAGUCAGGAGCAGAUUGUCUCUCACACCCGGGAUUACCAGACUCUCAAAGAGGAGAAUACCAAACUCAUCGAAGAGCUGAACAAUCUGAAAGGUGUGGAUGUGGAAUCAUCAGAGGAGAAGGAAUCACAGCAGCCGAGCAAAGCCAAAUAUGAGAUUGAGGCCGAAAGGCGGGAACUGGCUCGUCUGCUUGAGAAGAGAACUCAAGAAGUGGAAAAUCUCACCGAGGAUGUCAAGCGGUUCAAUGACAAGCUGGUGGAGACCAACACAGCCAAAAUAGAUCUCCAGCUCAAACUGGAUGAGAUUCAGUCCUCUGAGGUCUCUAUUCAGCACCGUGAGAAACGUAUGGAGCAGGAGAAGGAGCUGCUGCAGAACCAGAACACGUGGCUGAACUCUGAAUUGAAGACCAAGACAGAGGAGUUGCUGUCAGUCUCCAGGGAGAAGGGCAAGGAGAUCCUGGAGCUCAAGUGCAGCCUAGAGGGCAAGAAGGACGAGGUCACAAGGCUUCAAACCCAAGUCACCAAUCUGAAGAAGAGCAGUGAGAACCUGCAGAAGCGAGUAGAGGACCUGAUGACAAAACUGAAAGAGGCUAAAGACCAACAGAGCAACAUGGAGGAGAAGUACCGCAAUGAACUGAAUGCCCACAUCAAGCUCUCCAACUUGUACAAGGGGUCAGCGUCAGACGCAGAGUCCAAGAACGAGGAGCUGAACAGGGCCGUGGAGGAGCUGCACAAGCUGGUGAAGGAUGCUGGUGAUGCGAGACAGAACAUGGAGAAGAAGCUGGCAGACAUGGAGGGGUCAAAGGGCAAACAGGAGGCUGACCUGAAGGAGAAGAUCAAGAAGAUGGAGCUGGAGAACGCCAACCUGCGCGCCUCAGAUAAGAGACGCAUGCCAGUGCUCACAGAGGAGGAGUUGGACUCCAUGUGUCCGACCGCAGCUGCUGUGGCCAAGAUUGUCAAGCCUGGAAUGAAGUUCAUGGAGCUGUACAACGCAUUCGUGGACGUCCAGGACCAGUUGCUCGUAGAGAAGCAGGAGAACCGGCGUGUGACGCGCGUGCUGGACGAGAUUGUGCAGGAGGUGGAGGAGAAGGCGCCCAUCCUAAAGCGCCAGCGGGAGGAGUAUGAGAGCAUGCAGAGGUCCAUGAACAGCCUCUGUGCCAAACUGGAACAGGCCAGGAUGGAGAUCCACAGACUGCAGAAGGAGACAGACGAGGCCAAAAAGCUCUGCUCCACCCUGGAGAAGGACAGCCAGCACUCUGAGAGACAGCUGGAGGACAUGUCCCAGCAGGUGCGCGUCCUGCUAGUGGAGCUGGAGGAGGCACGUGGCAACCCGGUGGUCCGCGAGGAGACUAUGAACGUGAGCAGCAGCUCUGAGAUCAUCAACCCGCGCCAGGUUUCCUUCCGCAGUGUGGAGGAGCUGCAGCGGCAGAACCAGAGCAUGCUAGCACGCCUCCGGGAGCUGGGAGAGCAGAUGGAGAGGGAGCAGACUGAUGCCAAGUCUGCACGUGUGACCCAGCUGGAGCAGCAGCUGGAGAAGGUCCAGAAGGAGCUAGAGAUUAUAAAGGAGCAGAGGAACCAGCAAAAGCAGCUGGCUGACUCCAACGGCCGCCAGAGAGACAUGUACCGCAUCCUGCUGUCCCAGAGCACCGGCUUCAACCUCCCACCACAAGGUCCUACACAGGAGGCAGCCCCCCAGAUGUACACCCCCAGCCGGCCCUCCUUCCCCCCUCCCACCAGGUCCACCCCCAUGAGGGCUUCAGCCGCUGAGUCUUCCCAGGCCACCAAGGCUGCUCUCAAACAGUUGAACGACUCCUUCACCACGUACAAGAAGGAGAAGGCGGAGAACGACAGGAUGCUGAACCAGCAGAACGACAAGAUACAGGAGCAGCUGUCUGAGGUCCGCUCCCAGAAGGCCAAGCUCUCCACACAGCUGGAGUUCGCCUCCAAGAGGUAUGAGAUGCUGCAGGAGAACGUAAACGGCUACAGGCGGGAGAUCGCUGCGCUGCACGAGAAGAGCCAGAAGAUGGCCGCCACGGCUCAGAAACACGAGCAGAUCAUCCACACCAUGACCCAGGACCUUCGGGCAGCCAAUGAGAAGCUGGCAUUGGCAGAGGUGCGUGGUGAGAACCUGAAGAAGGAGAGCGACAUGCUGAAGUCAGCUGAGUCCAGACUGAAGCAGGAGAAGGAGGCCGUGAUGUCUGAGCAGCGCAACCAGAACCUCCUGCUCACCAACCUCAAGUCCAUCCAGCUGACGAUGGAGCGUACGGAGACCGAGACCAGGCAGCGUCUGAACAGCCAGAUAGAGAGACUGGAGAGAGAGCUCACCCAGUUUAAGAAGAAACUGGCUGAAGAGGUGGAGCAGAGGCACGCGCUGGGCCGCAACCAAGACGCUCAACUGCUGGAGGCCAAGAAGCAGCUGGAGGCCCAGUGUGCCCUGCACCAGAAGACCAAGGAGCUGUUGAAGAAUGCUGAGCAACAGGCUAACCUACUGAGACAGCAGCUCAGCCAUGCUGAGAGCCAGAACCAGGGUUCAGGUUUAGGCCAGGGCCAGACCAACCCCCGGGCACCCAUUAGAGCACCACUAAGAGCUCCAUCUCAGACCCUAGCUCAGUCUCAGGCCCAGUCCCAGGCUUCCCAGCAGUCCCAGGCUUCCCAGCAGGCCCAGUCCCAGGCUUCCCAGGAGGCCCAGGCCAAACUCCAGGCAGAACUAGAGGAGGUGCGCGGGCGUCUGCAGCAGGCCGAGAAGCUGAUCAGUGAUCUGCAGGAGCGCCUGCAGAACGCCAGCACCAAUGUGGAGCAGUACCGCACCAUGGUGCUCAGUCUGGAGGAGUCCCUCAGCAAGGAGAAACAGGCUCGUUCUCCUGUGGAGACUCGUCUGAAGGAGGCUCAGGAGUUCCAGCGUGGGCUGGAGAAGAAGCUGGUGGAGGCUGAGAAGGAGAAACAGGAGCUCCGUGAGGAGAAGAGGAAGGCCGUGGACAUUGUGGAGAAACAGAUGAAUGAGCUGAAGAGGACCAUGAAGAACAUGCAAUCAGAGCUGCAGGAGGCGGAGGAGAGGAAGGCUGCAGCUGUUACCCAGGAACAGAAGGCCAUGCAGGAAAGCCUGCAGCAGGGCAAGCUGGCAGUGGAGGCCCAGAACAAGUACGAGAGGGAGUUGAUGCUGCAUGCGGCCGAUGUGGAGGCGCUGCAGGCGGUCAAGAGACAAGGCCUGCAGGGGAACCAGAGCAGGAAGCAGCUGGAGGACAAGGCCAAACAGACCACCACCCAGCUACAGGAGGCUCGCACCAACUGGAACCAGCUGGAGAAGAAACUCAAGGAGGACCUGUCCAAGCAGCAGAAGCGGGCAGACGAGCUGCAGAAGCAGAAUGGCCUGCUGCACCAGCAGAUGGAGAGCCUGGGAGCCAAAAUGGCUGCCACAGUACAGCUACAGCAACAGUCCAAUAGGGGGAGCAGCCUCAACCUGUCCUUCAGCGAGGAGGGCAAGUCCCAGGAACAGAUCCUGGAGAUCCUCAGGUUUGUGCGUCGCGAGAAGGAGAUUGUGGAGACACAGUUUGAGGUGGCCGAGGUUGAGACACUGCGCUACAAACAGCAAGUUGAACACCAGGACCGAGAGCUGAAGGAACUACAAGAGAGCCUCAAUGCUGAGAGAGAGAAACUACAGCUGACAGCGAAGACUAUGGCCCAGCACGAUGAGAAGAUGAAGAGGAUGGAGAACAUGAACAUGCUGGUGGAGACCAACAAGAUGCUGAAGGAGGAGAGGGAGAGGCUGGAGCAGGAGCUGCACCAGACCCAGGCUAAAGUGCGUAAGCUGGAGGCAGACAUCACUCCCCUGCAGGACUCCACCUCUGAGCUGAGUGAGAAGAAUGGCAUGCUGCAGGCUGAGAAGAAACUGUUGGAGGAGGACAUCAAACGCUGGAAGGCCCGCACACAGCAACUGGUGAGCCAGCAGAAGGACACAGACCAGGAGGAGAACAAGAAGCUGCACUCGGAGAGAGAGGCCCACCUCAAACGCAUCCAGCAGCUCUCUGAGGAGACUGGGAGACUCAAGGCUGAGGUGGCCAGGACCCAUGCGUCAGUGACCACAGUCCAGAGCCAGGUGCAGAACCUGAGGGAGACUCUGGGCAAGGUGACCACCGAGAGGGAUGUGACCAAGAAGGAGCUGGACGCCAAGAACCUGGACAUCCAGGAGAAGUCCAAGACCAUCACGCAGGUCAAGAAGAUCGGCCGCCGUUACAAGACCCAGUAUGAGGAGCUCAAAGUGCAGCACGACAAGCUGGUGGCAGAGGCAGCAGCCAAGCCAGCCCAGGAGGAGAUGCAGCAGGCCCAGCAGCAGGCCCAGCAGCAGGCCCAGCAGCAGGCCCAGGAGAUCCAGAGCCUGAAGGACUCCCUCAGCCAGGCUGAGACCAAGGUCAAAGACCUGGAGGGACAACUGAAAAACGUACAGGAGACAGUGAGUGAGCGCGACACAGAGAUGGGGCGUCUGAGACAGGAGCUGACCCGCCUCCAGGAACAGUCUACCCAGGCCCAGGGGACCCAGAGUGAAGUGAUCCGGCUGAAACAGGAGCUAACACGCCUCCAGGAACAAUCUACCCAGGCCCAGGGGACCCAGAGUGAAGUGACCCGGCUGAAACAGGAGUUGACCCGCCUUCAGGAACAGUCUACCCAGGCCCAGGGGACCCAGAGUGAAGUGACCCGGCUGAAACAGGAGCUGACCCGCCUCCAGGAACAGUCUACCCAGGCCCAGGGGACCCAGAGUGAAGUGACCCGGCUGAAACAGGAGCUGACCCGCCUCCAGGAACAGUCUACCCAGGCCCAGGGGACCCAGAGUGAAGUGACCCGGCUGAAACAGGAGCUGACCCGCCUCCAGGAACAGUCUACCCAGGCCCAGGGGACCCAGAGUGAAGUGACCCGGCUGAGACAGGAGCUGCAGGAGAAAACUGCUCAGGAGGAGUCACUACGGCAACAGAUGGCCGACAAGGAGGAGAAGACCAAGAAGGUCUUCAUGGGCGCCAAGCAGAAGAUCAACCAGCUCAACAUUGCGAAGGAGCAGCUGGCCAAGGAGGUGGAGGAGCUGAAGCAGCAGCGGGAGGAGCAGGAGGUGCGUCUGAGUGCUCUCAAGUCCCAGUAUGAGGGCCGUCUGCACCGACAGGACCGAGAGAUCAGGGAGCUCAGAGACCACCGUGACGAACAACCUCAGAGAGACGAGUCCCAGGACCAGGGUAAAAAUAAGAGCCAGGAGCAGCAGCAGAGAGCUCCAGAACAGAGGCAGAUCAGCCAAAGGACUACCCAAGCUGCAGACAGGGGAAGUGGUUCUUCUGGCUCUUCAGAGCAGCCCCCCACUGCCAACAUUAAACCCACCACGGUAUCAGGCGGUGCCCCCAGUAAACCUUCUCCCAUCCCCGGGAACAAGUCCACCCCCAGGGCCAGCAUCCGACCCAUGGUGCCCAUAACCAUGCCCACCCCCACGGCCACUGUCAUGCCCCAUACACAGUCUGACAGCCAGGAAGCGCUGCAGUCCUCUGAGGGUGGAACCCCCGUGGAACACGUGUCUGUGUUUGGCAGCACCAGCGGCUCGGUCCGCUCCACCAGCCCUAGCGUCCAGAACAUCACGCACACUCAGUUUCAGCCAAUCAGCAGCCAGGCCACCGCCUUUGUCCAGCCCACCCAGCAACAGCAGGCCCCGCCCAUCGCCGAGCCGGCCAGUCAGGAGGCAGAGGCGGGCCCUAGUGGUCAGGUGGAGAGGCCCUCCACGUCUACGGCCGUAUUUGGCUCCGGUAUGGCCACAGGGUGCUCUGCGGGGCCAAAGCGUGCCCGCGAGGUGGAGCAGGAACCUCGGGCAGAGAGCGCCGACACGGCCCUGGAGGACCCAGACGAAACACCCAUCCCGAAGAAGCUCCGUAUCAUCCAGAGAGUGGGCCUGGAGGAGGAGAGUGAAGAGGGCACUGAUGGAGAAGCUGAGGGGUCAGGGGAGAACCAGAAGACUCCAGAUGGCAGCCAGGAGCUACCAGACGUGUCCUUUCCUGUAUUGGGCGAGGUGGAGGAAGAGGACGACGGGGUGUCCCAGUCUGUCCCCUCAGACCACCAGGUGACCCCCCAGCCCUCUGACACCCAGGACUCCAGCGAGGAGCGCCAGCCUGACGUCAUCAUCAUCGAUACGGACAGCUCCAGUCGAGACGAAGAGGAGGAGGAGGAGGAGGAGGAGGUAGAGCAGUUUUUUUCUCCCCAGUAUGAGGAAGAGGUGGAGGAAGAGAAGGAUGAUGAAGAUGAUGACCAGGGGAUGGGAAGAGAGGAGAGCAACGAGGCGAGCGGAGACGCUAACGAGCCGAACGAAGGAGAAGGAGACGAGACGGGCCCUGAGACCUCGGAGCCUGCCUCGGAGAACGAGGAGAGCAUGGGUGCUAUAGACUCCACCUCCCAGAAACAGGCUGACUCACAGAGCGGUGGUGGGAGCAGCAGCACCACAGAGUCCUUCCCCUUGGCCAUGUCUGAUCCCCCCAGAGAACUGCUACAGCCUUCCCCUAGUACUACCACCACCUUCUCCUUCUCUACCUCCCCCUUCUCCCCCUCCACCACCCCCAGCCUCAGCCUGGACCCCCGUCAGGUCCCCCUGCGCCUGCCCCAGUCCGUCCCACGCCGACCCCCACACCCCCUGCCCCCACGCCUCUACAUCCAGCCGCCCGGCCCUGAGCUGGGCCUGGGACCUCCACCCACACAGAGGCUGUCUGCACCAAUCCGCCGGCAGUCUGUAGGCAGAGGACCCCAGCUCACCCCUGGGAUAGGCAACAUGCAACACUUCUUUGAUGACGAUGACAGGAUGGUCCCCAGUACGCCCACGCUGGUGGUGCCCCACCGGACGGAUGGCUUCGCUGAGGCCAUCCAUUCUCCCCAGGUAGCAGGAGUUCCCAGGUUCAGGUUUGGUCCUCCUGAAGACAUGCCUCAGGCCAGCUCGUCCCACUCUGACCUCGGACAGCUCGCCUCACAAGGAGGUCUAGGGAUGUACGAGAGUCCUCUGUUCCUGGCCGCUCACGAAGAGGAGUCUGGAGGGAGGAGUGUUCCUACCACGCCCUUACAGGUUGCUGCCCCGGUGACGCUCUUCAAUGAGUCCCACCCCUCUGAUGCCCAGGACAUGGCGUCCCAGUCUGUUCCCAUGGUGACGACAUCCACGAGUCACCACGGGCUGGCAGUGCCCGGCGGAGAGGCCGUCCCAGGAGAUGACGGGGACGAGGUGUUCAUGGAGGCAGACAGUGAAGGUACGAGUGGUGAAGCGUCCAUGGAGAGCCAGGCUGAGAUGGACUCUGCUCAGCCGUCAGACGAUGCCAGUCUGCCCUCCACAAGCCAGGAGCCCACAUCCAGCUCUGCCGACACCAGCAGUGGUGUGCAGCCCAAGCCCUCAGGCCGCCCCAUGGCCCAGCACCCUCUGCCCAUGAGGACAGCCAACAGGGGCAGGGCACUCAUCCGCAGAGGAGGUAUGGGCUUCCUUCGAGCAGGAAGAGGCCCCUUCGGUAGAGGAAACCUACCCCGCUAAUGAUGCCAUCAUGCACUGCUCCAUCCCCCUUCCUUCCUCCAAAGUAUCAAUCAUAGUGUCUUGGUCUACUUUAAAAAUCCAACCAAUUUGUGGUUGAGUUUUCUUCCCUAACUUUGUAUCAGUGGAUACCAUGUGCUUUAAAAAGGUUAAUUUUAGUUGUUUUGUAUUUGUUUCAAAAAUAGUAAUUGUUCCGUUGCUUUUGUUUUGCUAAUAAACUUUGAGAAAAAUCAAA